AUGACGGGUAGCGAAGAUCCUGCCACUGUCCUUGAACAGUUCAUGCAUGAUGCUGCAAAUCUUCCUGCGGAGAUCUGUCAUAUGAUGGAGGAGAUUCAAGCCAAAGAUCGAGAGGUGCAAAAGUACCAAAGCGCAAUCAACGCAAAAGACGGCAGUCUGCAAAAACAUCUCAAGUUGAAUGGCAGUUUGAAUGCUCAUCCGAAGGAGAAGGAGUACGCUGAUACUAUCCUCAAGAACUACGAUCUCUGUCAAGAAAUACAGAACCAAAAAAUCGCUUUAAGCGACAAGGCGUGUGUUCUGCUUGACCGCCAGGUCAAAUUGCUUGACAUGAAGAUACGAGAGCUACAAAAUGAUGGCCAACUUCUUGAUGGCCCACCUAUUCCGUCUAUCUUUAAUCGCAAAGCAGCUCAUCCUGAUUCAUCCCGGGGGUUCUUUGCCGAGGUGAACCCGCAAGCACAUCAGCCAUUGCAGACAACAUCUGGCAAUGCUACUGCUGGCAGCCUUCACUCAAACCUCACAGCGCAUCGAUUGAACCCACAGCAUCAUCUGUCGCCUUCUGUGCCAGCAUCUGCCUCACGGCUCUCACAACUCUCGGCCUCAGCCACUUCUCACUUUCACCCACGAAAUUCCGCCCCAACUACUCCCGCACCAGGCGCCCAUCAACUUCAGCAACAAGCCUCAUCUCAGCGACAGAGGGAAUCUUCUGCCGGAGCCAUUGACCACAAGAAGCGCCGCCUCAACCUUGGAGCCUUGCCCGCCCAAUCCUCUACCCUUCGGCAAUCAUCGCUCGGCCCUGGAACACCAAAGGCAGGCACACCGACCGGAGGAACUGGCAGAGCUGGAAGCGCUGGUCCAAGAUCAGCAGUAGGUCAAAGUGCUGCAGCAAAGAAAUCAGCCGGACUCGUCAAAAAGCUCGUACCUCACCAUCAGCAGAUCAGUAAACUGAAAGGAAAACCAUCAAAGCGCCUGGGCGGUACAAAGAGAAAGGGCAUGUCCCCAUCAGUCCGAUCUCGCAACAACACCGGAGACGAAGACGACUCCGUCCUUUCAUCCGCAGACCCAUCCGACACCGAUGCUUCCACCACGACCCGUUCUCGCCGUGGCACUGGCGCCCGUACCUCCACUACCAACAAAUCAGCCGCUUCUGAGGACGAAGAAGAUGUCGACGUCGAGAUGGGCGAAGGUGAGGAGGUGGAGGAAGAACAGGAAGACGAUCGGAAAUACUGUUUUUGUCAGCGAGUCAGCUUUGGAGAGAUGGUGGGUUGCGAGAACGACAAAUGUCCUUAUGAAUGGUUCCAUCUGGGCUGUGUUGGCCUGAAAGAAGCGCCGAAGGAUCAGGACGUUUGGUAUUGCCCUGAGUGUCGACCUAAAUUUACAGGAACGGGAAGAAAGUGA